AACGGAGACUUUGAUCAGACGAGAGUGUACCUAUUAAAAUGAAAUAGGAAGAUAACAUGCAAAGUAUUGACUGUGAGAGAGGUCACACAUACAUACAGUUUUCUCCAUAAAGGAUAUUUUGCUGACACAAAGGCUGACUAAGUUGUCAUGGUGGAUUCAGAAAGGAAGCCGAUCUUGGGAAUAAGCAAACAAAACUCAUUCUACAGCCACAGCAAUGGAGGAUUCGACGAUGAUGUUGAUGACCCUGAACUUGGAUCCAAAGGCGGCGGAUUGGAAAAAUCAGUAGCUGAAGAUUUGGAUCCAGUUACUUUGACAUGGAAAGAUGUUAAUGUUUACGCAAUGCCAAAGAAAGGAUGCUGUAACAGAGGUCAAAAACUUGAGUCACCGAAACAAAUAUUAUCAAAUGUCAGUGGUAUGAUCAAACCAGGAAAGCUUAUGGCCGUGAUGGGGGCCAGCGGAGCAGGAAAAUCGACAAUGCUGAAUGUUUUGACCUUCCGAAAUAGAGGAUCCCUCAUCAUACAAGGAGACAUCCGUAUCAAUGGUGUAGUGGUCGACAAAACAAAGAUAGCCAAUAUAUCAGCCUAUGUCCAGCAGGACGAUCUAUUUAUAGGAUCAUUGACAGUCAGAGAACACCUAACAUUCAGGGCUUUACUACGUAUGGAUAAAAGGAAAAGUCGGGAACAACGACUGCAGAAAGUUGAAGAUGUAAUCUAUGAGCUGGGCUUGAAGAAAUGUGCCGACACUGUCAUUGGAAUUCCCGGUCGACUUAGAGGGAUCUCUGGAGGAGAGAUGAAGCGCUUGUCAUUUGCGUCAGAUCUUCUAACCAACCCUCCUUUAAUGUUUUGUGACGAAGCCACGUCCGGUUUAGACUCAUUUAUGGCAUACAGCGUCAUCCAAUCUCUGAAGGCAUUGGUCCAAAAAGGCAGGACCAUUAUCUGCACAAUACAUCAGCCACCCUCUGAGGUCUUUGAAUUGUUUGACGAGGUUUUUCUUUUGGCAGAAGGUCGUGUUGCAUUUUCUGGUCCGAUUCCUGAUGCUCUUGAAUUCUUUAAAAGCAAUGGACACCCUAGCCCUGUCAACUACAACCCGGCUGAUCACUUUAUUUUGACAUUGGCAAUCGUACCAGGAAAGGAAAAAGAUUGUAAAGCAAAGGUCAAGGACAUAUGCGAUGUUUAUGAGGCAUCGCAACCAUAUUUACAAAUGAAGGAAGAGAUAAAAACUGGUAGUGCUCAGGUGUCUCAAAGUUUUGUAGAAAACACAUUAAAUAAUACUUCAAGGUACGGGGCAUCUCUCCUUCAGCAAGUGAAGUCUGUGUUUUGGAGAAGUUGGAUUACAAGUAUAAGAGAUCCUCUUAUUGUCCGGAUCAAGUUUGUCCAAACGAUAUUUUUCUCAGUAAUCUUGGGUUUGAUCUACCUGAAGACGGACGACGAAUAUUCACAAGAGGACAUAAUGAAUAUCAAUGGAGCUAUAUUUGUCAUCAUUACAAAUCUCAGUUUCACCAACAUUUUUUCCGUUCUUAACGUGUUUCCAUUGGAGAUCCCCAUUUUUCUAAGAGAGUACGGGUCUGGACUUUACGGAGUCGGGGUUUACUACUUAAGCAAAACUCUGGUUGAGAUUCCGUUCCUCAUUUUGAUUCCUGUCAUAUUUAUGUCAAUUCUUUAUUGGAUGAGUGGUUUGGUUCAUGACGCAAACUCUUUCUUAACCGCCACCGGCAUUGCAGUUCUUAUUGGAAACACUGCUGCUUCCUUUGGUUAUUUGGUCUCAGCAGCUGUUCCAUCUGUAACAGCGGCCCUUGCCAUAGCCCCUGCUCUAAUGAUUCCAUUUCUUUUGUUUGGAGGAUUUUUCCUUAACAAUGGAUCAACACCUGAUUACCUUAUAUGGUUGAAGUAUCUCUCAUGGUUUUCGUAUGGGAAUGAGAUGUUAGUUGUGAACCAGUGGGAGGACGUCAAAAAUAUAAAUUGUACCUCCAGUACACAAUGUAUUCCUGAUGGCAAUUCGGUGAUAAAGAACCUCAGUUUUGACAAGGAUAACUUUUAUCUUGACCUAGGUUUGUUGUUUGCCCUUUUCCUUGGAUUUAGACUUAUAUCCUUUAUCACACUGUAUGCGAGAGCAAGGCGAUCGUCCUCUUAAGAGAUUAUGUCCAUGUGCCUGGGAACAAUAGUUUCAUAAUCGGAUUCCUUUAAAGGGAUACAUGUAUUAUUUUAACGUUUAAGAAAGAACUUGAACAUUUUGUGAAUUAUAAAUUGAACUUCAAUUUUCAAGCUAGUGAAGAAUCAACUAGAUUACCUAUGUUAUCGAUCAGCUAUAAUUUGAACCGUUAUCGAUAUUGUUAAAGUUGAUUACAAGCUGUUUGAGUAUGUAUCAUUAACUUAAAUAUUCAUUUUGUAUGUUGAACAACAUUUUAAAGACUUCUGCCUGUUUUGUGAAUUCUAUUGAUAUGAUCA